AUGUCGUUCCGGCGAUCAGACGUCACACAACCUACCGGCUCCGUUCAAGAUGAGGAGGCCACGAUGAAGCUCUUCAAUGGCGCCGAGGUCCCUCCAUUCCGUGGCCUCGAUGACUUCCUUUUGGAAUCUGCCCGAUAUGAGCGACCACCGCUCAACGAUCUGACUCGGUGGAACAACAGGAUCAUCGCCAACCUGCUCUACUAUCAAACCAACUAUUUCUCGAUGUCCCUCCUGAUGAUCGCCCUUUUCUCGUUUGCUUACGGAAAGGAUUUUGUUCUCGGGCUCUUCGCGAUUUGCCUCGUUGUGGCGGCCAUUUUCUUCAGUCUUUCACCGCAUCCGCGUAUCCACGAGCUUCGGAAAGAGCACCCGCUGGUCACGCUGGGCGGCAUCGUGGCUUCCGCCUACCUAUUCAUCACAUUCCUCCCGUCGGUCGUUGUGAUCGUCUUCUCGACUCUGGCCCCGACCUUCAUAUGUCUUGUCCACGCGUCGUGCCGUCUCCGCAACCUCAAGAACAAGACCACUCAGUUCCUCGAGCGCGCCGGCCUGCGAAGGACGGUGAUGGGGCAGUUGAUCGACGUCGGCGGCUUCAAGAUCAAGACCACC